CAACACGUUUAUACAACCAUAUUUCCAGAAUGCACUCGUGGGCAAGCGCUGGAUACAACUCUGUUUCAGAACCUAGUCUCCUCCACCCAACUAGCAAUCCUGUGAGCCCACUGGCGGCUAACAUACCUUGUAAUGAGAAAGGUACUGACUACAAAACUCUCGCCAGCCAAACCCUCGCUACACUCAUGGCCGAGGUUGUGAAAUUUGAUCAAUCGGACGUUGACAACUCGAUUGCAGUCGAUAGUUGGAGGAGUGCUGUAACAAAGAAAGGGGUUGACGUUUACUUCAAGAUAGACAAGUUCACACAACAGCGAGUAAUGUUAGGAGUAACUACAGUUACAUGUGAUGUGAGGGGAGCAGUGGAGUACAUACUAGACCUUAAUACACGCUUCAAGUACGAUAGUCUUAUCAAGGAAAAUUACAGACUAGAGGCAUUCGACGAACGGACCUCGUUUAACUACUGUUCUCUUCAAACCAAAGCUUGCAUGCUUAACUUUUCUAUCGAUAUCUGUUACUUGUCAACAUCUAGGCGCAUAGGAGACAAAUAUUUCGUAGGAUACACCUCCAUACUGGACAAUCCUUACGCACCAAGCACAGCUGAUGUCCAGCGAGCAUGGCUUUAUCAUAGUGGGUUUGUGUUGGAACCUAUUGAGGGGGCGGAGGAUCAGUUCAGGAUGUACUAUUUACUGCAUGCUGAUUUGAGGAUCAAUGAACUGCCGCCAGCCACUAAAAACGCUCUCAUUGAAAAACAGACUUUGAUCCUGAUCCAGCUUCGGGAACACCUUGAAAAUAUGGACAGUAGGAAAAGUAGGUUUUACCAGGAUUUACCAUUAGAUGAACAGGACCCCUUUGCUGUUGAGGAAAUACCAUUGGAUGAGUCACUGGACAUGAACUUGGCCUCAUUGAACACAGGGCAGCCUUACAACACACCUAAAAGGGUGGUGACCCGUACUUACUCUGAUGAGAGCUCUCGACUGGAUAUCAAUUCAGGAGAAGUAGCAAGAGAUUCGCAAUUUGAUGAGGAAAAUCGACCUGACCUCUUUUUCUGGAGUCUGGAUGGUGAUGACCAUGAGGAAAGCUUGGAGGAUGUUUCUGAUUAUGUUACGAUGGGAAAUAGUGCAGCUGCUUCCCUCUUCAGAGAGUACAUUAAUGUAUUGGAGGCUGUCCGGUUCUCGUCUGUAUGUCCGGAGAAACUGAGCUGGAAGGUGUUGGAGAAAAACGAUGAGGUCUGGACACUAGAGAAAAUGGGCAGUGUGAUUCAGUGCAUGGCAGGUGUAGCUAACAUAAGAGCUACAGAGACUGAAAUAGCUGACUUUUUGAGAGAUCCUAGAACAAGGUUCAGUUAUGAUCAGACACUUUACAAAACAAAUGUUGUCACUGAAGUCAACAACGACCUGAGGCUCAUUUACGCACACCAUAAAGCAAAGCACUGCCUCAUUGGGCAUGGCCGGGACUUUCUGUACUUUCAAUACGACAGAAGGGAGGGAGACAAAAGGAUCUUGGCGCACGCUUCCUGUACACAUCCCAAGUGCCCAGUUGACCCCCAAAUCAUACGGGGCACAAUGUAUGAGACUGGAUUCAUCAUAGAACCACUCCCAGAAACGGGGAUGUCCAGCGUUGUGUAUGUUGUGAAAAUGGAACCAGGGGGAUACAUUCCGGAGGGGCUUCUUCGCUGGUUUAAACGAAAACAGCCAAAGAUAUUGUUUGACAUUAAAAAGUAUUUCGAAAGAUAGUGGGAUAAUCUGAUUACUUACCACAAAAAUUCAUGGUAAGGCAUUACAAAGCACUCUUGCAAAAGCAGUGCUUCAGUUAAAGACAUGCUACCACAGAUGGCUGAACCCUUUUUUGAGAAUGAACGAAGGGUCAAAGAACGGAUGUAAGAGAGAAUUCACUUAUCUGAACAAUAAUAUUGAACAACUAAAAGAAAGCAAAAGACACGAGGUGCUGUUUGUAAAGGUAUUUAUUUUUUAAUUAACACAUUAAGUGAGCCAUCCUAGGAAGAGAGGGUUUGGCAAAGAUUAUCACUAAACAAUUGCUAUAUUUGGGAGGGUACUGGGCAGUCUAAGAUGGCCAAAUUUUGUUUACUUAAUAUGUGAACGAUUCCUAAGUAAAAAUAUUCUAAAUCUAUUAUUUUUAGAUAUCAUAUCAAGCUCGUUGAACUUGAAAAAAGGUUUUCAGUUGAUUUAUAUGUUUGAUAAAUCGUAUGGACAUGGUAUAUUAUCUGAAGCUGUCUUGUUGUAAAAAUUCAAUUCAUUAAUAAAGCAAAGAUUUUAAUAAGGUAUCAAAACGUUAUCAAAACGUUAUCAAAAUAUUUUUUAGCAACUUGGGUUUUAAACCAAAGAUAUUAGUUAUGCUUUUCUUCAUUAUUAACAUAAUUGGUUCCCACAAUUCUUCCCAAUAUAACUUCAUUAAA